AUGAGCAAGAAGAGCGUGCGCUGGUCCACCGUCACGGUGUACGAGUUCGGCGUGGGCAUCGGCGGCAGCGCCGUGCCUCGUCGCGGCGGGCCCGCCGUGGGGCUGGCCAAGACGCCUCGCUGCGUGUGGAGCACGUCGGUGGACGCGGCGCAGAGCGAGCUGGCGACCGAGAACGCGGCUCUGGAGGUGCAAGAAGGCAAGGCGGGGAGUGCGCCGGCAUCGACCGCCGCUCGGAGACACCGCAGGCGCGUGCGCUGGCUCAAGCCGCUGGAGCGCGUGACGAUGCUGGAGAAGGCUGGCUACAGCGAGGAGCGCAUCUACCGCAUGCUCAUGGAGUCGUCCAGCAUUGCCCAGUCGCGGCGCCUGUGUCUGCGUGUGGCCUCGCUCGAGUGUGCGGCGGCAUGA